AGCGCGCGAGCUGUGGUUGUGAUUGGGUGCGUUACGCUCCGCUCUUUCGCGUUGGUGUUUCGUUUGAGCGUCGAUAACAGGACAUGUUUUAGUUAUCGGCAGAUAAUACUUAACCGGUACUUUAUCUUAUUACCUGUAAGAUGACGCUGCUCGCAUCCAGCCCUCAGAGUCGAGCGCCGUGGCGACGUUCCCCUGGCAAGUUGUCGCUCAAAACCGUCAGAAGUUUGACAAGCUGGCAACUCAUUUCCUGGAUCCGAUUUGCAAACUGGGUUAAAUAAGGAAAAAAAGAAAGAAAGAAAAAGAAAACAGGAAAGCUAUUUUUUCCCCCAUUCUUGCUGAAUGCGUUGUAGGGGGCGUCGUGCCCUUGGUUACCUAAUAAUAAGUUUGAGAUCCUAUAGUCGUUCCUUUGGAUGGGGAGGUGCAGAAAACAAGGAUUUUGAUUUGAGUUGUUUUUUCUUCGUCUAAAAAUCACUUUGUUUUCGUCAGUUGUGCGUUGAAUAUAAAAUAUAUUAUAUAUAUAUAUAUUGAAAUAUAUUUAUAAAUAUAUACAUAUUGAGGUUCUAGUCGUUCCUGUGGAUGGGAGGUGCCGGAAACAAGGAUUUUGAUUUGAGUUGUUUUUUCUUCGUCUAAAAAUCACUUUGUUUUCGUCAGUUGUGCUGUGAAUAUAAAAAUAUAAAUAUAUAUACAUAUAUCAUUUUCUGUUAUGUAGCCGUGUUUCGAAUCAUGAGGUGAAAGAUAAGAAAUAGAAAGGAGAGAGGAGAUUAGAAAUGACGUCAUGCACGUGAAUUCGGUCCGUCCGCAGAUCCUCCAAAUUCUGAAUAGGAUUUCUUUUUACCACCCUCGAAUGGAACUCGUAUCGUUGGUCCCCGGAAUCAACGAGUGAGGAGAGAAAAGGCCGAGUGCUUGAAGCAGGAAAGGAGAACGGGAGUAGUGCUUUCAUUGGCGCGAGAAUCUGAUCCUGACGAAGGGAAUAAUAUCCACGAUGACUCCUCCGCUGCUGCAUUCCCGACGCCGCCAGUCCUUCUCGUCCUAUGCCCGCCACAUUUAUUCCUCCCUCGCCCGCACGCGCCCACUGGCACCCACCAAUCGCCGCUCGGCGGCGACGCCCAUCCCGCCGCCCGCCCCGGGAAUAUGGGGCGACUGCGGGCGCAGCCUUGGGAUGCUUGUGUACAGGAGUGUGGGUCUGUGGGCGGCCUUGGGCGUGACUUACAUUAUUGGUCUCGUGGCCGGGCCGAUUGCUGGACCCGCCGUGACGUCAUCGCUUCUGGUGGCUGCUGUGACGUCAUUACUCACAGGUUUCUGCUACGCCGAGCUGGUGACCUGGAGUACCCAGUCGUCGGGGCAUCUGUACACGGCCGCCUACCAGUUGGUCGGGGAAUUCGUGGCCUACUUGCUGGGCAUUCUGAAUGUUCUGUUCUCAGCCUCGACGCUCGCUGCAGUUUGCAAAGCUCUGUCAGCAACGAUGGAUUAUAUGUCUGGUGGCAAAGUGGCAAGUUUUGUGGGGCAUCACAUAGGCCGACUGCCCUUGACCCAUACCCUGCCGGAUUUCAUCGCAUUCGGAGCUGCCCUCUGCGUCGCCGUCGUCCUAGCCCUGGGAUUAGAGCAAUCUGGCUUCCUGCGAGCGAGCAUGAGCGUGACGUCGCUGGCGGGCCUGGCCUUCUUCCUGAUCGUGGGGGGCCUCCACACGGAACAAAACCCAGCCCAUCUGCGAAGUGCCCUCCACAUUGAGUCGUCCGAGCUGCUAGCUGGCGCAGCCGUGUGCAUGGUCGUCUACAGCAGCUUCUACGAGACGGGCGUCCGGGUGAAGGUUUACCGCCGUCCGCAGAGGGCGCUGCCCCUGGCCAUCUCCGUCUCCAUGGGCAUCACUUUCCUGGCCUUCUUCGCGCUGGGCAUCGUCCUCACCCUCAUGACGGGCAAUGCAAUACCUCCGCAAGGCGCCCCACUUCUUCAGGCAUUGGAAAGGCGGGAUGUCGGAUGGGCGCGCUUGGUUAUGGGAUCCUUCCAGGUUGUAAUUAUGUGCUUGGCUUUAGUAGAGGCAGCCAAUCCCCUCUCUCGACAGAUAGUUUCGCUCUCUGCUGAUGGAUUGUUACCAUCUGCUCUCUCACAUCAGUGCUCACAUACUACCUCUCAUGUCUAUGCCCAUCUUGCAGGAGGUGCCCUUUCCUCAGUUUUGGGUCUUGUGUUUGGUCAUGUCUUCCUUUUGAAGGUUAUUGCCACAUGUGUACUAUGUAUGCAUGUUAUAAUAAUUACGGGAGUUAUGUACAGACGGCAUCGCUGUACCUAUGGAUCAUUGUGUUCCGUUGCAGCCACCGCUUCAUCUUCAGAUCCAUAUAGUUAUCACAGACUUGCCCCAAAGCAUUCUAGACAAGAAAGAACUUUGCAUUUCCUCAAGGAUGGUUUACGUGUCCUGCCAUACAGAGUGCGCCCUUCUCAGGGUAAGCAGUCUCCAUCAAAGUCUCCAGAUGCUGAAAGUGGGAUCAGUGGCUUGAGUCCAGACAACAGAGACACUGCUCCUUUACUAGAAAAUCCCCAGAGUGAAUCAUGCUCUCCUGUACAUGAUCUUUUGUUACCAGCAACGUCGGAAACAGAGCAGAUAAGAACAGAAACCCAAGUAACCCAACAGAUCUCAACAGCAAAUACUACAGAGCGAGUUGCCUCGGAUUCUGAAUCAGGAGCAUCUGGAUAUGGAACAGAUUCUGAUGCAGAGGAUGACAUAGAUGCAGCUGUUGCAGCUUAUCAAGAGAAGUUGAGGGUUGCAACGUUAGACAAAGGAAUGCCAAAAGCACCCACAUUAAUUACAGCAAGAAGGGCUUGCAUAGCAUUGUCCAUUCUUCUAGUGUCAGUUACUGUUGCAGCAGUAGUGGCUGUAUAUGGAUGGACUUCUCGUGGAAACCAUACUUUCCAGGUUGUGGUAUUAGUGGUAUCUCUAGUAUUAAGUGUGUUAGUAGUGGCCUUCUUGACACGGCUGCCCACUUUACGACCUGGACACAAUGCUUCCUUCAGGGUUCCUGCUUCCCCAUGGCUUCCUGCUGCAGCCCUUUUCCUCAAUAUUAUAAUGUUGGUUCAAGUUCUGAAACAUUCCUGGGCAGUUUUACUUGUUUAUUCUCUUGCAGGCAUUGCAUGUUACUUCAUGUACAGCUUAAACCACAGUGUUCUUGGAGACCGAGAAAUUGUGACUCAGCGUGGUCCAGCAUCAGAAGUCAUUCACCUAGAGCCUUUAACACCACCUACUCUCUCCCCAACCCUUCUACAGUCUUCUCCACAGUUAUUGCAAGAUAGUGCUAUAAAUCCUCACUUCACUAGGCUUACACAAGUUGAUACAGUCCUCAUAACAAGGUGAACUCAUUUAUUUUUUACUCCUUGAUUCCUUGUGAACAUUUAAAAGGGGUUGUAUACCUACUGUCAUUCAGGUUGGCUGGCUGAAAAUGCCUCACCUGUAGAAGGGAGUAACUUGACAGAUCCUGGUUGAUAUGUACUUUUUUUCUGGAAGGUUUCAUAUCAAAUGGGGUAAAAGUACUUUUGAGCCAAAGUUACUUUUUAAAAAUGGUAUAAGAUUAAUUUUAUAUUGAAACAUUUGAGACAGAUGUAGCAUCAUUGGUUUAAGUUGUCAUUUCAUAUUUUCAUUUUUAUUCAUAACUUUUCUCCUACUUAUUUGUGCUGAAAUACCUGUACAUAAUUUUGUUUGCAAUUAUGUAAUCAUAAAUUGGUACCUCAGACAAAAAGGCACUUACCACGUUUACUUUUUCAAAUAAUUUAAUCUGUCUCAAGAUAGUACUACUCAAUAAGCACUCCAUCCAUCAACAUUUCUUAGACAAUUUUGCUAACUUUCAUUUGUACCCAGUUGAUAGUCAGUGCAUUACAGUACAGUAUAUGAAAAUGGACAUUGUAGAAUUGAAUGCUUCCUGGAAACUAGAAAUUGUUAGGCUUAGUUAAUUCUCAAUAUUUUAAUUGUUACUUUGUAAUAAUAUUGUUGUAAUUGCAGUUUGUAAAAUAAGUUCUCAUGUAAGUACUGAACUUUUGAGCUACUGUACAUUGAUGUAUAUACAAUUCAGUAAGGUGUAUAUACUUUCUUUUUAACCAAGAAAAUGUUCUCUACAAUUGUUACCAAUUCGGUUUCACUUCAGUAGAGUAUUUUUGAUCACUUAUUGCUAUUGCUUUUUGUAUGGAUGAUGUAAUUGUAGUUUGAAAUUAUUUAACAGAAUAGACCUAUUUGAAUAGUUUAUACCAGAUUUAUUUUAUUUUGCAAUAUAAUUAGUUUCAUUUUUAAAUACUAUAAACCAUCUAAAUUUUAGAAAUUAUAGGCCCCAAUUUCAAAUAUCAACCAUGUAUCCACUAGAAUAUUCAGAUGUGUCGGAUACGUAUGUUAGAACACAGUCUAAGAAAAGGAAAUAAAUUUAUGAUAUAUGUAUACAGACAGCUCCAAAAAUAAUAUUGAAGUAGAAGCUUCUACAUAUUCAAAAGAUCAAUGAAUCAAACUGAGCCUACCUUUAAUAUCUGUAUUUAUUGAGAAACUCACAGCCAUUCGAAAUGGCAGAUAUAAUAUCUGAGAAAAGGCAAAGUUCCUCUACUCUUCAGCGAUGCACAGUGCUACAGAUGAUAGAAGUAUAAACCCGUAAACCAACUUCAAAUCCGAAUAAAAAUUCAUCAACUCCAGUAAGGAUUAUCAAUAAAAUAUGUGCUGGAUUCCAGCACACUUAGGAAUAAAAGGAAUUGAAAAUGCAGAUUCUGCUGCAAAUUAGCUUGAACUAUCCCUCCAACAGUUGCACAUUUCCUGUAUCAGACUGGAUAAAAUCUGUCAAUCCACUGAUAUACCAUGACAGGCAAACAGAAUGGUCCUUAAUGUCAACCACAAAUAGAGUCAAACUAUAAAAACUCGGGUGUAUGCAUGGAAAAAAUCUUCGCAAAAAGAAAGAUUAAAAUAAGUAAUCCAAACAAGACUCCAUAUUAUAACGCACUAAAUCCUCGUAUGGUCACAAAGUCAACACCAUGUACCGACCCAAUGAAAUGUAAUAUAAUGUCAAACUCCCACGACUACAGCACUUGCUUAUCAAAUGCCCAAGUGGGACCCAACCAAGACAUUUUCAAAAUUCAACAACAAAAUAUUCUCGUUGAAAGCAAAGAUUUUUCACGUAUAACUUUUCUAAAUGAAGCAGGUUUUUUAAAUAAGUAAUUUUUUUCCUUGGGGUUAAUUUCUUAGAACCAGCUUAAGAAGAGUACUAUAUGAAACUCAUCUAGAGGUCUGGAAAAACUAUUAUUAUUAACUGUGGAAAAGCUUUGUGACCAACUAGAAUUUUAGGAGAUUCAUGAUUGACCUGGAAUUGGAAGGAAAAAAAUUUCAAAAGGCAACCAGGGCAUUUACUACUUUCAUAUACUGGAAUUAAUUACUGUUGGAAAGAGUUUCUCCAUUAACCUUGGGAAUAGAUAGGUGAAUCUGUUCAGGGCUUUCCAGGAGGGCUAUGAUGCGCGACUUUUACAACCGAAUCAAAAUUCUUCAAGUGGCUUGUUUAAAAUAUUCCACAUUGUGUGGGAUAUACAGUAAACAUCUUUGUUGAAACCUUGUACAGUAGUUUCUGAAGCCUCCAUAUGUAAUAUAACUACAAUUAAGUUGUCAAAGGCAUUCAUUAAUUUACUUCUGAUUUUUUUUACUUCCUGAUUAUUUACAAGUCAUAAGUUAGAACGUCCAGAUAAUUAUCCUUAACGAUGAAGUUUUUAAAUAUAACCUAGUUUAGUUAUUUCACUUUCAUUGUUGAACUAUGCAAUAACUGUAAGGAUGUAAAAGUGAAAAUAGUUGCUAAACAAGUGUAGACAGUCAUGUUUAUAAUUCUUUCAUACAUAGGACUGCAAAUUGUUCAUAUCUAAAAAAUAUUGUUUGUAAUAAUACAUUCCAUUUGGUUGUGUUUGAAGCAUUAUAAUGUAGUGUACAAAUAAAUAUAUGACCAUGUUUAA